AUGCCAUACGUGAAUGACAAACACGACUCACUACGCCUACGUCGAUCCGUCUCGAAGUCCUCUGCUUCUGAUCGGCGCGGUUGCAUGUCAGAUGACAACGCUGAGUAUCAGUCGGAUGAUUCAGAGUACCGUUUAGUUCUCGAGUCACUUCAUACUGGUGGAGAAUCUGUGAGCUUUGUUGCAAAGAAAGCUGAUGAACUCGUAAGAGGACGAAACGAUGAGAGACGUUCUGGCUUAACAGAGAGGAAGACUCAUAACAUUCCCGUUGAUGAGAAUUCUUCGUGUUUAAAUUCGUCGUUGUUUGGCAACAUCAAUCUUUUACUAUUCACUGUAAUCAUUGUUUUGGUAGCGUUUUAUAUCUCAAUUAUAUGGCGUUCGGAUUCGUUCGGCACAGUGAUCUCCGUGGAGUCAAUACGCAAGAAAUUGCAAGACUUUGAAGCGCAUUUAUCUGAAAGUAUGGGUAAAUUUGAAAAUGUUACUGGUGAUGACAUAUAUACGCUAUACUUUGUUGGAAGACAGUCCGUAAUCAGCAGCUUUAUAGCUCUGCGCUCGGAUGUUCCAAUUGCGGUGCUUAACGGAAUAGAUCAACUCUUCUGGGAUGCACCGCUUGUCUUACAGGCGUUUUCUGACAAUUCCUUUGUUCCAUCUCCUCACACGUUACUUCUGCUCUCGGUUAAGAAAAGUUUCCUUGGACCAAAAAAGGUCUGCGAGCAAUCAUUAAUGGAGUGA